AUGGCCUCAGAUGGCGACUCCGUCUCACAGUACAAUGGAGGUGGCGUCGCUCGCUCGAAUGGAUCUACUGAUGUCGUUUCGCAGAGCGCUGUCUUGCCUAGUGGCGUGACGAACGGGACGCACAAGACAGCAUCUUUAGCCGACAACGGCUCAGCGAAUGGAGAUAAAGCCCCGGCGUCGUCCAUCCAGCCGCCGUCAUAUUUCGGACACGACAGAGAGGAGGUGACUCGCAUUUUAAUCCAAGCAUUAUCAGACAUGGGUUAUCAAGCGGCGGCCGAGAGUGUGAGCGAGGAGAGCGGGUUCAAACUGGAAAAUCCUACCGUGGCAGCCUUCCGGUCAGCCGUGCUGGAUGGCUCGUGGGCUGAAGCGGAGGAGCUGCUGACAGGAGCUACCACGGCAGGGCAGGGUGGCGAGGAUGGGAAUGGACUUGUGCUCGCUCCAGGCUCAGACAGAAAUGUUAUGCGAUUCGGCAUGCGCCAGCAAAAGUUUCUGGAGCUCCUAGAAACCAGAGACACAACUCGUGCACUUCAGGUUCUGCGGACGGAGUUGACGCCGCUGGAACACGAUACAUCCAAAGUGCAUUUUCUUUCCAGCCUCUUAAUGUGUCUUUCAGCAGACGACCUGAUGGCCAAGGCGAAUUGGGAUGGAGCACGGGGUCAGUCCCGCAAGAGGCUGCUGUCCGAUCUAUCGAGGUGCAUCUCGCCAUCUGUCAUGCUCCCCGAGAAUCGUCUAGCCGUCCUCCUUCAUCAGGUCAAGCAAAGCCAGAUCAACUCGUGCCUCUUCCACACUGCAGCUUCGUCUCCUUCGCUGUACUCGGAUCAUCUCUGUGACAGGCGAUUCUUUCCCAGGGAUAUCGUCCUAGAGCUCCCUGAAAUGAGAGGAGAGGUGUGGGAAGUGCAGUUCUCUCACGACGGAUCGCACCUUGCUGCCUGCGGAUCUGGCGAUAGCGUGUUCAUAUGGGAAACGAGGUCAUUCACAGUUGUGCAUGCCCUGAGCAUACAGGUUCACAAAGAUCACCACUCUGGCGUGGCAAGCAUUGCAUGGAGUCCGGAUGACUCCAUGCUGAGCGGCUUAUUGAUAAAGAAACUGAAGAGGUUCGACGAACCUGUCAGUGGGUGUGUCUGGGCAAGUGACAGCGCGACGUUUGUCCUCGGCACUCUAGACAACAAGCGUAGCAUUUGUACGUUCAACAACGAGGGCGAAGAGGUGGUCCAGUGGAACAAGAAGCAUCGUGUGCAAGCCCUGGCCGGCUCCCGGGACGGACGUUGGCUGGUAGCGGCGGAUAACUUUACCAACAUGUACGUCUACAACGGGGCAACACGAGAGCUGGAGUAUGAACUAGAUUUGGGCGCCCGGCCGAUAUCCCUGUCCAUCAGCCUGGACUCUCGGCAGCUGCUUGUCAAUAAGGAGGACAGCGAAGCACAGCUCGUCGACUUGAUCACGAGAACUACAGUGCAGAAGUUUCUGGGCCACAUGACGGACAACUGCGUCAUCCGGGCCUCUUUUGGCGGGGCCAACGAAAGCUUUGCCAUGAGCGGCAGCGAGGACGGCAAGGUGGUCAUUUGGCACAAGAACAUAGGAGCUGCCGUGGAGAGGCUGUCCAGCUUCUCCGGCAAGCGAUGCAACUGUGUGGUUUGGAACCCGGUCGAUCCGUACAUGCUCGCGUCGUGUAAUGAUGACGGAAAAGUGCGAAUAUGGGCCAACCGCAAAAGAGGGCUGGAAAUCAGGUCCAGGAUACCCGGACUGACCGGGUGGAAACACUAUCAGAACGAAUCGGCGCCGUACGCCUAG